AUGCAGCUACUCAAGAUUUGCGUUAUGUGGGCAUCAAUUCUAACAGAUCUGAGUCAUGGAAAUUCUGUCACUCAGUCGCUGUCCUCAGAUGUUCGGACAGAAGGAGAAGUGGUGACUAUAAGCUGUACCUAUGAUACUACAUGGAACAACUAUGUAUUAUACUGGUACCGACGACACUCAGACACACAGCCCGAGUAUAUACUGUGGAAAAAUAACAAUAACAAUGAGCAUAAAGCAGAUUUUGCUAAAAAUCGUUUCUCUAUGGAACUUCAGACCUCGAAGAAAUUCACAAGUUUGACUAUAACUGGGCUACAGCUGACUGACACUGCCGUGUACUACUGCGGAUUCAGGAAUGACACACCCGGGGCCAGCACACCACUAAUAUUCGGAGCAGGAACCAAAUUGACUGUGGAGCCAAGGCAGAAAGAUAGUGUUGAGCCGAAAUUGUCGGUUUUUUAUCCGCCAGCCGUCUUAGGCAACGGUGCUCACCCAGCUGCAGUCUGUCUGGCCAGCGACUUCUUUCCAAAGACCAUCAACCUGUCGCUGACAGUGGGAGACGGGAGUAAGACUGACGUUACCAGGCCCUCUGUAAUCACGCCCAAUGGCGACUAUGUGGCGUUCGGCUUCCUACCUGUUCCCGAGAAACUGACAGACGUCUUCUGUGAGGCCAAGCACAAUAACAAACAUUUAACCGUCAACGUCACCCAGGAGUCCAAGACUGGGCCAGGUCCGACCCAGUCGGGCUGUGCGGAAUCUUCAAAUGACAUGAUGGACGCAAAAAAUGACCCCUUUCAAGAGAGACCGCAGGCAAACUUGUUGUCUCUGACCGUGAUGGGCCUCCGAUUUCUCCUCUUCAAAAGCGUCGCUGUCAAUCUGCUGGUGACUGCCCGAGUCUGGCUUUCUUAAGGAAUCGGAAUAGGCUCCAUCUGCCAAUGAGAGAGGACCAGGAAACUGAAGACAAGAUUCCGGAUUCAUUCCCGGUCAACGUUUCACCUGGGCCUUGCUCCAAAGGCUGAUUCCCUCCGGAUCAGAACUGCCUUCUCUCUGUUUUAACUCUUAAACACUCUCUCUGUCCCUCUCUGUCUCUGUCUUGCUGUCUCUCUGUGUCUCAUUCUCUCCCUCUGUUUGUUUGUCUCUCUCUCUCUUUCUCUGUCUACCUCAAUCUCUCUCUCUAUCCUCAUCUCCCUCUCUCUGUCUCACUCUCUCCUCUCUCUCUCUCUCUCCUCUCUCUCUGUCUCACUCUCUGCAAAUCUAUCUCUCUCUCUCCCCCUCUGUGUCUCACCCUCUCCCCCUCUCUCUCCUCUCCCUUUCUCUAUCUCCCAAUCUCUCUCUCUCCCUCUGCCUCUCUCUCUCUGCAUAUCUAUCACUCUGUCCCUCUCUCCACCUCUCCCUCUUGCUGUCUCACUCUCUCCCCUCUCUUUCCCCCUCUCUCUCUUCUAUCUCUCGUUCUCUCCUCCUCUCUUUGUACAAAUCUAUCUUUCUCUCUCUCCCUCCCCAUCUCCCUCUCACUGUCUCAGUCUCUCUCUCUCCCUCUCUCACUCUGUCUGUCUUCUGUGUGUGCGUGUCCUCUCUCUCUCUUUCUCUCGCUCUGUAUUUUCUCUCUCUCUGUGUAGCCUUUCUCUCUCUCUGUCUGUCUGUUCUUACUGAUGAACCAAUUCAGGGGUUUUUGUAAAUGUAUUUUUAGGGACUGUGGGGCUUUGGGAUGGGAGUGGGGGGGUAAAGACAUUGCAUCAAGCUGUAGACCGGCUCUCCCUGUGGGUGAGCCACCGCCUAGGUCUAUAUUUCACGGCCAGGCCACAAGGAGUUGGUUACUGUUGCUCAGCACCCAGGUGUGUAAAGACAAGGCAGUGCUACACACCAUCUGCUUUUGCUUCUCUUCGACGAACACGAAGCUACAGCAGGGAAAAUGGAAUGGGGUGUGGGGGGUGGUUUGGGUGUACAUUUGUGCCAUCAUAUGCUCUUCUAGCCCUUCGCUCGGGAGUCUGUGCAACCAGACAGAGGCUCUACUUUUCGGUACCGUGUUUCUCUGUCUGAUAUCUCAGUGUGAACUGUCAAUAAAACUCGCUCUGUGCCAGA